AUGGUAGCUUCGAUCGCCGCUAUUCUCUUCACCAUCUUUGUGAGUUUUAGUGCAGCAGUACCUCAAAAUGUCCUUUGCGAAGAUCCGCAAGGCCAAUACUAUUGGGGUCCACCAAGACCAGAUGGCCAAAUUAAUUGGAGCCCUUCAGAUUGUGCUGCAAGCCCUGAGCAGACUUCACAGUCUUUUACCAGCUCUGUCUCAACAAUGACACUCUCGGUCUCCACUUUGAUCUGCACAGCAGAUGCAAACACUGCUUCGCUUGUUCCCUCAGCACAUGCCAAACCAGACCCUACCGUAUGCAGCUGCGACAACGGCCAAUAUUACUCGACACUUUCAAAUACUGGAUCUCUCUGUGCCUACACUACAAGUAACCCAUUCAUCCUUUCGCCACCAGAUGCUUUUCCUUGGACUUUCGCCACGGCGGACCUGGAACCUUCUACAUGCACUGCUACUGUAUUUCCAGUGUCCACAACGAACCUUAUGCCUACAGGCGAGUUUGUAGUAGAGGCCGACUGGGAGGGUAGCAACACCUGGCUAUUUUCUGCAGACGUAGGCAUGAAUCUAUCGUCUCUUGGAUACGGUGAAUUUUCGCAGUCGCCGUUCACGCGCAAUGCAAAUGGAAGCUAUACCUUGAGCGUCCCGUCGGACGGAGGUGGUCAGUCUGUCACAGGGCUCGCCAGUGGUACGCCCGCAAACGCGGCGGAAGCCUACGCCCACGAAUUUGCGCUUACUCUUUCGACAAUAUUAACUUGUGACGUACCAUUGCCACUACCUUGUCAGUCGAAUAAUAACGAAUUGGACGGCUCCCAGUGGGGCGCAUUCAGAACAGACGAAUGGUGGGAAUCUUACGUCUCAAAUUACACUUUGGAGGGCAGCGAAAUGACGCUGUUCGAAGAACUAGUCUACGACUACGUUGGCCCUAUUGAUGAAUAUCACUGCACGAUUGGAGAUACGCAACUGAAUGGAGACGGUUCUUUGGACGUGGGCUCAUGCACCUAUCCAACAUGUGUCGGCGUCAAUACAACACUCUCCUCAAAAGAUGGUUUCAGGCAAGGAUAUAUGGUACUGGCCGACUGGGAAGGGUUAAGUCACUUCUUGAAUUACGGCUGGGGUGUUUUGGAUCAAGCCCAGAACGGGUUUGACGACGUCAUUACGGACAUCUACCUUAAAUUUUAUACAGACCCUGCUUUGGCGAGCUGGCAGACCCUACUGCCUGUGAUUGGGACGGUCUUUACUCUAAUGUGUGUUGUUUUGCUCUUCAUACAACCGUUCUGGGGAGGUGUCGCUAUAGCCACAGCUGCAAAUGCUAUCUAUGCCAUUGGCGCCUCACUAAAUGGGAUUGCCAAUGUUAAGAACCUUGGCAUCCCAAACACAGCUGUGUUAGAGUGGGAAGGAGCCACCAACACCCAGAUCGACUGGCGAAAUUAUAUGAGUGCAAUGAAGAGCGGGCUAAGCAAUCUUCAUGACUCCUACUUUCUCAAUGCGAACGAUACAGCGCCUGUCAAUAUCUCGACAGUCUUGCAAGGAGGCUUCUACCUGCCGGAAACGCCUACCGUGGACCAAACAUCGGUUAUACCUAGCGAUAACGUAACCGCGUGGUUAGAGUCGUAUGCUUGUGCUCGUUUGAUCAAUCAGCUAUUUGACCAGAACGAUUACUACAUUGUCUACAUUCCGUACGGCUCCAUGGUCAAUGACGUCCCUGGCUAUGGAUCCAGAGGCAAUUUCUCCUUCGAGAAGUCGGAUUGCGAACAAUGGGUUGGGAAUUCGAAGUUCAACAACAGUGUCUAUGCUACUUGCAAUACCGUAGACGGCAUCGGUCCUGGAAUGACAGUCAUGGAGGGGGUGCAGGACGCUAUCUUAGAUUUCACGACUUACAACUUCAAAACCGCCUUCACGCAGACAUUCACCGACGGCAACUUCACAUACAACCCUGAAGAUGUCAUCCAGUCUAGCGUUGCUGGCUGGUUGGACUAUGGGUACAACUACACCCUGGUCAAUCAAAAUUAUGGCUUCUCCCCUGACGCUCUUGACUCCGUCGAAAACUUCAGAGAUCAACUCUUCGCUGUUGCUAACAUUAGAUCAAACUCGGAAGGCGUUUACAACCUACCGGUCUGCGUGCUCAAUGAGCUCGAUUCCAUGCCAGAGUGUUUCAACGCCUUGCCGGAAAAUGGUAACGAUGGCGACAAGACUCCGCUUACGUGGGAUGAGUUAGACUAUUGCUAUAUCCAUCCGAUCAAUUGUUUAGGUGACCAAUCCGGUAUUCUGCCAUCCAAAAACACAACGUACGGCUUUCAACAUUUCCGAGACUAUAUUUCCGAUAGGCUGGCAGACAACCUGAACCAAGGUGAAAUAUAUGGUCUACCGACGUAA